AUGGCAGGAGCAGAACAAGAAGCCAAGAAGAUGGUCACCAUCCGGCUAGGCGUCUCGUCCUGCGGCAGCACGAGCGUGCCCAGCGCCAGCCACCUCCUCCCGAUCCCCUGCACCGGCGAGCCCACAGCAGCCGGGGAGGCCUCGUCCCCAGCCCGCUCCAAGGUGUCGCCCUCGCGGACCGCCGCGUUCGACGCCACCAACCCCAAGACGGAGCCUAACGUCGAGGGCUCCGCAAGGAGGAACACGAAGACUCUGCACGAGAUGUCCACUACUGGUGGACGCCGAGGGCGCUACGGAAGCCGCCCGACCUCCUCCUACGGCGCAGCGUCGCUUACCCUCCACCAGUCUGCCUCGCCGUCCCCGUGCAUUCGCCGCGGCGACGAAUACCGCGAACCGCACGGCGGCGAGGGUGCCUCCUCAUCCGUCGCCCAUUUACUGGACAAAGUGCAGAGGAGGUUGCCAGCCAGAAUAGAUUCUGCAAAGAGUUCUGCUAUACUGGAAAACAUCAGACUGCAGAAAACCAGGCAACCUUCCCAGCUGCAAAGGGGAGGUGCUGACACUGAUUGGAGAGAUCCUCAGGUCAGCGGAAAGAAGAAUGAGGUUUCUGAUCAUCGAUAUUGGCAGACUGACACUGUGUCAUCUCGUAUAUCCUCAGCUAGUGAUUCGAAACUUGAGCUCGUUGAUGCAUUUGAGGGUGGCAAUCGUAGUACACAAUUCAAGAAGCCUCUUGCUAUGUCGCCACGCGAACCUGUCAGAUUUCAUUUACCCAGGCGUCCUUCUGUGCUGGAUAGGAGAGGUGCAUUAGAUGCUACCAGUGAGUCAAGAUUGCUCCAGACACAUAUUGGACGCCCCAAACUUGUCUCAACAUGGGAGGGCGAAACCUAUCUCGCCACUCUAGGACCCAGAGGUGGUUACGGAUACCCUCACCCUCCACCCUUCUACAGGUGUGAGGUCUGCCGCGAGGAGACGGCCUUCUAUAGGCUCAAGUGCUGCAAUCCGUGGUAUCCAUGUUCAUUUCCUUAUGGACAAAUGUUAUGGAUGGCAAAGAGGACAGAGAAUCACCUUCAGUAUUACUUUGCACCAAUUCACCAGCUUAUGGACCAUAAGGUUGAUCGGGUGGAGAACAUUAAACUCAAGUCAGUAGGUUUCAUCAGUACUAAGGAGUGGUAUCUUAGCCUGUACCUGUUCAUUACACCAAUGCUACAGCAGGCAAAGAUUCAAAUUAUUUAA